CCCCGAAGGCAGCCGGCCGAGCUCCCGGGGGCGGCGGGGCGUUUCUGGAACUCUCCACCUCCGGCUCUGCCGGGGCCCGGCGCAGCCGAGGACCCGGGCUUGCAGCCCGCCCGCCCGAGAAAGGGGUGCCAUGCAGACAGAACAGAAAAGAGACGCCACUGCCGAGGAGAUUGGAGGACGGGGAUGUUGUCUUUGUGGCCCAAGAAGGAUGAUGAGCCAGUGCCAAAAGGGAAUCUGAGAUAAAGGCAAGCAUUUUCAUCCGGGUUUUCAACCCCUGAAUACUUGUUGAGGAUGUUUCCCAGCCGGAAGUGGAAGAAGAAAAGAAUCCCACACCAAGAAGCAGAAAACGUUGAGGGGAAUAAUAACUGAGUCCCCCAAGAAAAGGAGCACUUUCUCAUCUUCUGGCAAAAUACAGAGUUACGUGGUGGUGGUGGGGGGGGCUUGUGAAUCCCAGCUGUAGCCCCCUGUGCUGGAAGGACUCUGAAUUUCAGUUUGUGAAUGCUUUCUUUUUCUACAACUUGUGAUAUUGCCUGUUGACUAAGCGAAGUUCCACUAAAGGAGGACACUGCUGAAUUCAUACUCCCCUUAAGCUCUCUGGGUUAUGGCAUUCGUAUUCCUGGAAGUUUCGUUUCCCUGGACGUAAGCACGUGCCAGCGACCCAGAUCUGCAGUGUAGGUGAUCCUUUCGUGACAGCUGCAGGGGUGUCGAAUGAUCUGCGUGCCAGCUGGGUUUCACGGCGUGUGAGACGUAAAGUCUGUCCUCUGCAGCUCUCCUCAUAAGCAGAUGGCAAGCCCACUAGACACCGUGUGUGGCUGACACGUAUGCCUGAGAAAGGGACCUUCCCCAUGGAUCAUGGCGUUGAUGUGUACAGGACAUUUCCUAUUUCUAAUACUGCUGGUGUUCGGCUUCACUUGUGACGGGUCUGUGGGCAAUUACUCCGAAUGGGCAGUCUUCACCAAGAAUAUAGAUGAGUUCACACCGAAAGUGAAAGACUUCAGACCCAACCAAAGACCCAGGAGAAGUAUGCCUCAUCCCAGCUUGUAUUUCGAUGCCGGGGAAGUCCAGGCGUUGAGACAGAAGUCCCGCACGAGCCACCUGCAUCUUUUCCGAGUGAUCAGAAAUGCCGUGACGGUCAUGCUUUCCAACCCCACGUUUUACCUACCUCCACCCAAGCACGCCGACUUCACGGCCAAGUGGAACGAAAUCUAUGGCAACAACCUGCCUCCUCUAGCACUGUACUGUCUGCUGUGCCCAGAAGAUAAGGUGGCCUUUGAAUUUGUCUUGGACUACAUGGACAGGAUGGCUAGCUACAAGGACUGGCUCGUGGAAAACGCGCCGGGAGAUGAGGUUCCAGUCGGCCAUUCCUUAACAGGCUUUGCCACUGCCUUUGACUUUUUAUAUAACCUGUUUGAUAAUCAUCGGAGACAAAGAUAUCUGGAAAAGAUAUGGAUUGUGACGGAAGAGAUGUAUGAGUAUUCCAAGGUUCGAUCCUGGGGAAAACAACUUCUCCACAACCACCAGGCUACUAAUAUGAUAGCAUUACUUACUGGAGCCCUGGUCACCGGGGUGGAGAAAGGAUCACAAGCGAACCUAUGGAAGCAGGUGGUCGUUGAUGUGAUGGAAAAGACCAUGUUUCUCUUGAAUCAUGUGGUCGAUGGCUCUUUGGAUGAGGGCGUGGCCUAUGGGAGCUACACAGCAAAGUCUAUUACGCAGUAUGUUUUUCUGGCACAACGCCACUUUAACAUCAACAACUUGGAUAACAACUGGCUGAAAACGCACUUCUGGUUCUAUUAUGCCACCCUGUUGCCGGGUUUCCAAAGAACGGUGGGUAUCGCAGAUUCCAAUUACAAUUGGUUUUACGGUCCUGAGAGCCAGCUGGUUUUCUUGGAUAAGUUCAUCUUAAAGAACGGAGCGGGCAAUUGGUUAGCGCAGCAGAUCCGAAAGCACCGGCCGAAAGAUGGACCCAUGGUGGCCUCCUCCGCCCAGAGAUGGAGCACUCUCCACACAGAAUACAUCUGGUAUGAUGCGCAACUCACCCCGAGGCCCCCCGCUGAAUACGGCACCCCCCAAAUGCACAUGUUCCCAAACUGGGGCGUGGUUACUUACGGGGCAGGGCUGCCAAACACACAGACCAAUACCUUCGUGUCUUUUAAAUCUGGGAAGCUUGGGGGACGAGCGGUGUAUGACAUAGUUCACUUCCAGCCCUACUCCUGGAUUGACGGGUGGCGGAGCUUUAACCCAGGGCAUGAACAUCCAGACCAAAACUCAUUUACCUUUGCCCCCAAUGGGCAAGUCUUUGUUUCCGAAGCUCUUUAUGGCCCUAAGUUGAGCCACCUGAACAAUGUCUUGGUGUUCGCCCCCUCCCCCUCUAGCCAGUGUAAUCAGCCCUGGGAAGGGCAGCUGGGGGAAUGUGGCCACUGGCUCAAGUGGAUGGGGGAAGAGGUUGGUGACGCGGCUGGGGAAAUCAUCUCUGCCUCUCAACAUGGCGAGAUGCUGUUUGUAAGCGGGGAGGCCGUCUCUGCUUAUUCCUCAGCGAUGGGGCUGAAGAGCGUGUAUCGUUCCUUGCUUCUCUUAAACUCUCAGACUCUGCUGGUAGUGGAUCACAUUGAGAGGCAAGAGGCUUCCCCCGUAAAUUCUGUCAGUGCCUUCUUUCAUAAUUUGGAUAUUGACUUCAAGUACAUCCCCUAUCGGUUCAUGAACAGGUAUAACGGAGCCAUGAUGGAUGUCUGGGAUGCACACUACAAGAUGUUUUGGUUUGAUCCACAUGGCCGUAGCCCCGUGGCUAGCAUACAGGAAGCAGAGCAAGCGGCUGAGUUUAAGAAACGGUGGACUCAGUUUGUGAAUGUCACGUUUCCCAUGGAAUCCACAGUCACGAGAAUUGCCUAUGUCUUUUACGGGCCCUAUGUCAAUGUCUCCAGCUGCAGAUUCAUUGAUAAUUCCAAGUCCGGACUUCAGAUCUCCCUCAAUGUCAAUAAUACUGAACACGUUGUUUCUCUUGUCACGGACUACCAUAAUCUGAAGACCAGAUUCAGUUACCUGGGGUUCGGGGGCUUCGCCAAUGUGGUGAAUCAAGGCCAAAUAACCCAAUUUGGUGUGGGUGCUCAGGCCAUCCUGACGCCCGUCACACACGCUAGAGUUAUUUUCCCCUUUGGGUUUAAAUUUAAUCUCGUAGCUGGGUUGAUCUUGUGCGUCAGCUUGGUGAUUUUAACUUUCCAGUGGCGGUUUUACCUGUCCUUUAGAAAGCUCAUGCGUUGGGUCCUUCUGCUCGUCAUUGCCAUGUGGUUUAUCGAGCUCCUGGAUGUGUGGAGCACCUGCACUCAGCCCAUCUGUGCCAAGUGGACCCGGGCAGAGGCUGAGGCGAGCCAGAAGGCCGCGUCUUUGCAAGGGCCCCACGUCCUUCUUCCCGACGUGGUCAUCGCCUCGCUUCCCGGCUCAGGAGCUGAGAUUCUCAAGCAGCUGUUUUUCAACAGUAGUGAUUUCCUUUACAUCCGAGUUCCCACCGCCUACAUCGAUAUCCCCGAAACCGACCUCGAGAUCGACUCGUUUGCCGAUGCUUGCGAGUGGAAGGCGGCGGAUGUCCACGGCGGGCAUUUCCGUUUACUCCGAGGCUGGUUGCAGUCUUUAGUCCUGGACACAAAACUACAUUUGCAAAACAUCCACCUGCACGAACCCAGUAAGGGCAAACUGGCCCAGUAUCUCCCAAUGGGUAAGGACAAGAAAAGAAAAUUGAAAAGGAGAGAGUCUUUGCCAGAACAAAGAAGUAGAAUGAAAGGCACCUUUGACCGGGAGGCUGAAUACAUUAGGGCUUUGAGAAGACACCUGGUCUAUUACCCGAGUGCACGGCCUGUGCUCAGUUUAAGUAGUGGGAGCUGGACGUUGAAACUCCAUUUUUUUCAGGAAGUUCUGGGGUCUUCGAUGAGGGCGUUAUACAUAGUGAGAGACCCUCGGGCAUGGAUUUAUUCCCUGCUGUACGGUAGUAAACCAAGUCUUUACACAUUGAAGAAUAUGCCAGAACACUUGGCCAAACUGUUAAAAGGCAAAUGCAACUUGAAUUCAGGGUAUGCUUUCGAGUAUGAACUGUUGAAAAAGGAAUUAACAAAACCUAAAGCCAGUGCCGUCUCCAUCUUGUCUCAUCUGUGGCUGGCAAACACGGCGGCAGCCUUGAGAAUAAAUACAGAUCUGCUCCCUGCCAACUACCAGCUCGUCAAGUUCGAAGACAUUGUGCUUUCUCCUCAGCAGACUACUGAAAGGAUUUUUGCUUUCCUGGGAAUUCCUUUGUCUCCUGCUACUUUAAACCAAAUAUUGUUUGCCACUUCCACAAACCUCUUUUACCUUCCUUAUGAAGGGGAAAUAUCACCGGCUAAUAUUAAUGUGUGGAAACGGAACUUGCCCAGAGAUGAGAUUAAAUUAAUUGAAAACAUCUGCUGGACACUGAUGGCUCGCCUAGGAUAUCCAAAGUUUAUGGACUGAAAGCGGCAGGUCAGCAGAUAUUUGCACUACAUCUUCCCAACCCGCUUUGUGAAUACCAACUAGAAGAGUUUGUUUAUUCUUGUAUUCUGUGUGUGUGCGUGUGUGUGUGUGUGUGCGUGCGUGCAUGUAUGCGGGUGUGUUUAAUCUGUUCCUUGCACAGAGAGAUUAUUUUAAGAAAUAGAUACCACAUUUGGCCUAGCAGGAUUUAUUAUUAUGUUACCACUUCCGUUGCCUCUGUUCCUAAAGUUCCUUUUUUUUCCUGCUAAAAUGUUUCUGCUGCAGUGAUGUAGAUAAUAUUAUAUCGUGAGGGAACCCAGGAAAAUGGGAAGGAAGCUCUGGAAGGAUUUUGUUGACUUCAUCUUCUUGAACUGUGCUGAAAGAUCCUGGGACCUCACACAAUACUAAAGGCCUUGCAAGUGCUGCUCUCCUCGUGUAUCUUCUGCUUUCAAGAUGAACUCUCCACUUCCUUAUCUUUCUAAGAAGGUCUUCUAACACUUCCCUUGCACAAAGAAAAGGAAAUUAAAAAAAAAAAGAGUUUUGUUUACUUUGUAUAAUGUACUGUGUUUUAUGGCUGGGGGAAUGGUGAAAGUUUUUAUUUUUAUCAGAUUCCUUCUGCAAGUAUACAGAUGGAACUCUGGAAUAAAGUUGUUUUGUUUUAGA